CCGGAGUUUUCUGUAUGUGUUUUUGUUCCUCGGCGCAGCGUCCCGCCCCUGACGGUGUGGCACGUCCUGACGCUUUUCCACGUCGCAGUCCCGUCUCAGGCGAACUGGCUGCGUAUGUAUGCGUGUCUCCAGCUAGGCCACAGAGCGAUGGCGGCGCCCGUCCUGAGAGUGUCCACCCCUCGGUGGGAGAGAAUAGCUAGGUUCCUCGUCUGUCUGCUGGGCAUAAUGUUGUCCCUAUACGCCUUCCACGUCGAGAGGGAAAAGGCUCGGGAUCCGAGCUACAAGGCCAUGUGCGACGUCAGCAGCUCCGUCAGCUGUUCCAAAGUGUUCAGCUCAAGGUGGGGUCGAGGAUUCGGACUCCUGGGUUCCAUUUUUGGAAACGACAAUGCACUGAACCAACCCAACAGUGUCUAUGGGAUUGCCUUUUAUGCCUUUCAGCUCCUACUAGGAAUGACUGUCAGUGCAAUGGCCGCCCUUAUUCUCAUGACGACAUCCAUCUUGUCGGUGGUGGGCUCACUCUACCUGGGCUACAUCCUCUACUUUGUCCUAAAGGACUUCUGCAUCAUCUGCAUCACCACGUACGCGCUGAACUUCAUUCUCUUUGUCCUCAACUACAAGCGACUGGUUUACUUGAACGAGGCCUGGAAGCAGCAGCUUCAGGUCAAGGAGGACUAAGCUGUCUGGAGCGGCAAGAAAAAGUACAACAAAACAAGAAGAAAAAAAAAGAAAUGUGACCUCUGAACAUUUGACUUGCCACCAGGAGACCUUGCUUCCAAACCAUGUUUAUUCUGCUGUGUGUUUAAAAAAAAAAAAAAAAAGGAAACUUAACUUAAGUGUUGGGCCGGACAUCUCAAUGUUGCAAACACGGGAGGAGUUGUGAGUGAAAGCUAUUUCUUUUUUCCUUAUUUAACAUUGAACGCAGCAAGCAGAGGCAGAAAUCCACAAUACCGAACAAUGGAGGACGGCGCUCUAUCGAACAAAAAGGAUCGCAGAACGUAAGAAACCAGGACAUUAAAGGGGUUUACUUGAAACGGUUAGAGAAGUCCUAUUGCUGCACGGCGGAUCUGCACUAAAACUCUGACCUUAAUGUGUCCCAAAAUAAAACAACAACACAUUAGGUCACCCUUCAGUUUGCAGAUUUGGUUCAAGUACGGGUGGAAGGGGGGGGGGGGGUUAACAUUUAUACAGAAUAGUUUGUUUUCAUGUUUACACUUUGUAGUAUGUUUCUUUUAUGAAGAGGACCACUAAAAAUCAACACAGGACAAUGUGAGAAAAUGUGUGUAUAGAUCAGUCUGAUUGUUUGUCUUUGCUAUUCUGUACAUAGCUGCUGAGCAAUAUCCCAGGCUAGAUUGUGAUUUAGUGUUGACACAAACCUUUCAAUGGCAAAAAUGAAGAGCGAAACCCCCACAAACAAAAAUCCAAGAAAAUCUUCAGAAAAUCAGGAACAAAAACAAAAGCGAUAAAGGUCACUAGUAAGGGGGAGGAGUCUGAAGAUGCGCUUGGGACGUCCUCCGUCCCGGGGAUCCGGGUCAGCCAUGCAGUUCAGAGUUGUGUGGAUUUCUUUUGUUGCAAGUGGCCCUCGUUUCAUCUGAAGCCACGAUACGUCUUUCAAACAGAACUGGAUUCUUCUCCCCAUGUUUGCAUAAAAGCACACUCACUCUUUUCUUUCUUGUUUUUUUUCCACUGUUUUUUUUGUUGGGUGAAAAGCAUUCCUGACCUCCACACAAGUGGGACCCAUAAAGACUUAUGUGCCUAAAGGAGUGCUAAGGUGAAUUACCUUAAUUUCUUAAUUUCGUUAACACCAGGUAUGCUCCUUGUGUUAUUGUCACAGGUCCGAGACUUUAUUUUUAUGAUCACAGUUUUGUAAGUUAAGAUACCAGUGAAGUGUUUGUCCCUCCCCAUCAGUCUCAUGAGGUAGCGUCGGCUGCUACACUGUGAUUGUCUGCAUUAAGUGUAGAGUGGCAUCUCUGAUCUAGCGGUUUUAAAUGUGUUUAAUGCUCACCUGGCUUCUGCUCUCUGUCCAGCCUGUAUACCUUUGAUGUCAAUUGAACAGUAAGGGUUAUCGGGCCUGGUGGAGUUAGUUAAUUUGGAGGACGUGAACAAAACUUUGUGAUGCUUUCCGUUGACCUGAGCGGGCGGCAGAGGCGUAACUCCCUGCUGGACAAAGAGAGCAGUGCAUUCAGCCAUGUGCGGCGUUUCUGGGAGUUUUGGAUCCAGUAGGACAAACCGCCGCUGACAGCGAUGCUUUCCGUGGUCUCCUAACAUGGCACGGUUUGCACGGAGAGAAGUCCCAGUAUUGAUGGGUAAAGCAACCACUGCUGGUAGUGGCUUGCUAGACAUCCACAGUAUUGGCCCGUUCAGUCCAGCACAGAGUCCGACCAUCGUCUCUCUCUCUCCUCCAGAGUCCACUAAUUUAAAGUACGUUACCCGUCAGAUGCAUGGUACACUUUGCUUUUAAGCAUAUGUGGGACAUCGGACAAUCUUAUACUCAAAGAUCCCGAAACAGUCGUCGUAAUAACUGUAACAAUGUGAUUCAUGUGUGGUGUUAAACCGGCUUAUUGAUAGUUACCCGUUACUGCAAGUCUUCACGCCCCUUUACUCCGAUCAGAGUUCAAUUCCUCCCUGAGCCCACUGUGUGGAGUGAGGCGUGUUACGGUUUUGAUGAUAGCAACUGCCAGGAAAGUAACCUCAGUGACGCUUCCUCCGGUGACGUGCAAAGUCGUCGCUCGUCUGUGAAAAUGGAAAUUGAGGAGACGUAAUCCCCGCGACAUUUAGGGAUAUUGUCCAUUAAUUCAUGUUGUAACCUAUUUACUUUGAAUCAUACGGAGUCUGUUACGUUAUUUGUGCCCAUUUUCCUACUCGUACGUUCUUCCUAUGCACCAGGAAGACGGCCAUUCCCAUCCACUGCACCAUCUGAUACACUUAAUCCUUCAGUGAAGAUCUAUUUACUGUUCAACGUAUCAAUGUUUGUCCAUUGGGUUUCAGUAUAACCGACUGAUACCUCAACUUAAAGGAGUACUCCCAACAUUUCAGUAUGCACUCUAAUAACAUUUACUCGAAAUUGAUGCAGCAAAACCAUCUUUUUAUUUAUUCCAUCGAGUCUUCUGUUUCGUAAAAACGAGGGCCUACAAUACCCACAAUGCAACUCGACGCACUGUUGAUUUAGCUGGAGGUUCGAGUAUGCUGUAGGAUCCCCCCCCGACCUUUUAUGUGUACAUUUUGUGGAGUACCCCUUUAAGCACAUUUCACUGUCUUUGUAGAGGGGAGGAGGGCGACGACGCUGCUUUAUAAAAUGGUUUGUAGUUAUGUUACAAUUAGUUACAUGAUUAGUAAGCGCAGUCCCUUUUAAACAUACUGUACACUCCUCCAUAGAAUGGCUCAAAUGUUUGCGUCAUUUCUCAGCAAGUUGUCUUUAAGAUCUUCCAUAUACUGUAUUGCCUUGUCGGGCUGGCGUCAGAUUCGGUUUCAUCUAGACUCCGAAAGAGCUCAACAACUGCACUGUUUUGUCUUUGACUGGAAAAAUCCUGCGCACUCACAUGUGACUUGUGCUAGUGAAUUCUUAUUAAUUCACUAGCACAGGUCAAACUGAUGUAACGCUUAGGUUUUGUGGGGCCUGUGAGUGCUAGAACAUGCAUGUGCACAGGAGGCAUCUUUUCAUUCAGGGUUCCAGCUGUGUUAAAAUAAAUGGGAUAGGAAUUGAGGGCAAGUCAAAAGUUUGAAAUCUUUGGUUGUGUGCUGAUCUAAUGUCAAAGGUCAAAACGAUCAAUACUGCACUCACGAAUAUUCAUUUAGGCCCCGAGGUAUAACUGCCAUGUUAGUUGCAUCAUUGAUGCCAACAAAAGUGCCUUCAGUUUGAUCACUAGGCCAUGAGCCAAAGACGAGCAACAGUAAUAGCCUUGUAAGAUGAACGGUAACUGUAACGGGCACUAAAUGCUUGCCUUCCUUAAAAUGUAAUCUAAUAAAUUGGUAAUCCCCCUCCCCCAAAGAGUUGGUAUUCAGUAUUAGUGCAUGAGUCCAUUUUCAAAUUGCCAGACAAAAAUGCCCUAUCGAAUCUAAGGUCAAACCCAUUCCCCUUCCUGAACUCUAUAUAAUUAUCUUUAUUUUGUUUAGCUAAAAGUACACUUAGUUUUAACUACAUGAUUGUAAUGUUCUUUUUGUCAUCCUUAAUUAUUCCCUUUAGCUGUAUAGACUGUUAACAUUCUGGGUUAUUUUAACAAAAAAAAAAAGAUGAGGGGUUGGGGGAGGGAGGGGGUCGAGAAAUCAAUGUGUCAGCAUAAAAUGUUUAUUAAAUUUCUUUGUGGAGGAAAACUUACUGGGUUUGCUUCUGUAUUGCCAAAUAUGUUUGAAAAUGCUGUCUUUUCUUACAUGGAAACGUGUUACAUGAAUGGUAGGAGAGUGCAAAAAAUAAUCCAUCUUACCUUAAGGGAAAACUGUGGUUGACAUGAGAACAUUUUUAAUUGUCAUUGUCAUGUGGAAAUGAUCUACCAUUAAAACAUUCCCUCUGAAA